CUUCAUUAUUGCGAUCAGAAACAUUAGAUCCAACAAAUAAUCAAUCCCCACCUCCAUCUUUCUCUCCCUCUUCCACUUUACUCAUUAAUUAACUUCAAUUAUUCCCUUCUUCUACACGUCUCUGGUCGGAAUAACUCCACACCAUUCCCGUGUGUCGAAAUUACUCAUCUAUCUAGCUCAGCAUAGUUCUAGCAACUUAGGGCGGGCUGUCAAUUUGGAUUAUUGAAUGAAUGGUUGGGAGAUUCGGAAGAGCUAAGAGCAGCAAACCGAUGCCAAGAGGAAUAUUGAUGUGCUAGUUUGCCGAUCGACGUGUUGCGUGUUUUUAAAAUGCAGCAUUUUGUUGAAGAUAAAACGGCGAAAUGAGGAUAAGGAACAAAUACAGAAAACCAACUGCUUUACGUUGCAUUGCAGGGAGUAGAUGCUUGAUGUCGAAUGUUGUGUGGAGCCUAGUAGGCCUCCUUGUUAUGCUUCAUUUGUACACCCUACUUUCGCAUACGAAUGUGCAAAGUAGAGUGGCGCGAAGCAGCAGCAUAAGCCGCAAUCCGCUGAUAAGUGAGCUUGAGGAGGUUGAGGAGGAAAAUAUACAAAUGCCUCCUCCACGAAGGCGAUCUCCCCGUGCUGCUAAAAGGAAACCAAAGAAGCCUACUACCUUGAUUGAUGAAUUUCUAGACGAGUCUUCCCAAAUAAGGCACAUAUUUUUCCCUUCUAUGAAGACGGCUGUAGAUCCUAUGAAUGCUGUUGGAAAUGAAAGUCUGUACUAUCAUCCUGGGCAGAUAUGGUUAGACACUGAAGGAAAUCCUAUUCAAGCACACGGAGGCGGUAUUUUAUAUGAUGGGAUAAGCAGGACUUACUAUUGGUAUGGAGAGUAUAAAGACGGCCCAACUUACCAUGCUCACAAGAAAGGAGCAGCACGGGUUGAUGUCAUUGGUGUAGGUUGUUAUUCUUCGAAGGAUCUUUGGACGUGGAAAAACGAGGGUAUCGUGCUUCCUGCAGAAGAAAAUGACGAGACUCAUGACCUCCACAAGUCCAACGUACUUGAGCGGCCAAAAGUAAUUUAUAACGACAAGACAGCGAAUUACGUAAUGUGGAUGCACAUCGACGAUGCUAACUACACAAAAGCCUCAGUCGGUGUAGCCGUUAGCGAUUCCCCCACCGGUCCAUUUGACUACCUCUUCAGUAAACGCCCCCACGGAUUUGACAGCAGAGACAUGAGCAUCUUCAAAGACGACGAUGGUGUUGCCUAUCUCAUAUAUUCGUCCGACGACAACAGCGAACUCCACAUCGGGCCACUCAACGAGGAGUAUCUCGAUGUGACACAUGUGAUGAAAAGAAUCCUCAUAGGGCAGCAUCGAGAGGCGCCGGCACUAUUCAAGCACGAGGGGACGUACUACAUGAUCACUUCCGGGUGCACUGGCUGGGCUCCGAACGAGGCUCUUGCGCACGCAGCCGAAUCGAUCAUGGGUCCGUGGGAGAACAUGGGGAAUCCCUGCAUAGGUGGAAACAAGAUAUUUCGUGCCACGACGUUCUUCGCUCAGAGCACGUUCGUGCUGCCACUGUCGGGGCUUCCCGGUUCGUUUAUCUUCAUGGCGGACCGGUGGAACCCAGCUGAUCUACGGGAUUCGAGGUACGUAUGGCUGCCUUUAACAGUAGGAGGAGCUGCUGAUCAGCCAUUUGAUUAUAGUUUUGGGUUUCCUUUGUGGUCGAGAGUGUCUAUUUACUGGCAUAAGAGAUGGAGGCUUCCUUCACGGUGGAGUGCUUAGAUAUUUUUUUACAAAGGUUUUAAUACUUUGCCGCAUAAUGUUACUGGGUUAUGAUUAGGAGACUUUAAUUUUAGAAUUAUAGAGAUUAGAUGUAAAUUUUGAUGUAUUUGCUACGGGAAUGUUAAUAUAGUUCAGGAGUAUUUUAUAUUUUUUGACAAUCUUGAUUUUAAUUCUAUCACAUUUGAAAGACAUCACUUGUCAUUUGUCACUGUAAGGUUCCCGCUUCCAUAUAUUUAGAACAUUAGCUAGAAGGAAAUAAAUCUUUUCUUUUCAUGA